AUGUUGUGGUUCCGCAGCGCCCUGGGAGUUUGGGUUUGGUUGGCUGCAGCCCGCCAGCCGUGUAAAAACUCCAACGCCGGGCGCCGCGGGCAGCACCCACGGAGACCCGCGGGGAGCUGCGUGCAGCGCCUGACCAUGAGGAACACAAGCAAGGAACUACAGGGCGCCACGCACCGCUACGCUCCCUGCGAUUGGUAUUACCAUGUUCCAGUGAAGCGCUCUGAGAAGGCCGUGGAUGCCCCACCAGCGUCCCAGAUCCCAGGUCUCAGCAAUUUGGGAGACUCACAUUGCAGGGACCUGCCUGGGACUCGGAGAUACUGGAUAAAAGAAACAGAUUCGGAAUAUGUGAAGCUUGCGAAACAAGGUGGCAGGCCUGAUCUGCUGAAGCACUUUGCCCCUGGGACCAGGAAAGGCUCCCCCGUGGCCUACUCCCUGCCAGACUGGUAUAUCCACCACAGCAAGCCACCGACAGCCAACCAGCAAGAAGUGCGGGCUGUCUCCAUGCCGGAUUACAUGGUUCAUGAAGAAUUUAACCCCGAUCAGGCCAAUGGUAGCUAUGCAUCCAGAAGAGGGCCCUUCGACUUCGACAUGAAAACAGUUUGGCAAAGAGAGGCUGAGGAACUUAAAAAGGAGAAAAAAAAGCUGAGGCUACCGGCCAUUGACUCAAAGUAUCUGAGCAAAGCAGACACCCAACUUGGCCCUAAGGACCCUACAGGAAGUAGACUGUCCUUCCCCCCCAUGCCUGGUCAAAAAAACAGUUCACCUACCAAUUUUUCCAAACUCAUUAGCAAUGGUUAUAAGGAUGAGUGGUUGCAGCAGCAGCGAGCUGACUCAGGCAAGAGGACCCCGAAGAUCUCCAGGGCGUCAGUGUCAUCUCAGUCCCCACGAGACCCGGAAGGUCCCCAGGAUGCAGCGAGGCUCCAGGACGCAGAGGCUCCUGAAGGUCCUGAGGAUGCCCCAGAGUCUUCUCAAAGCCCAGAAGAAUCUGUAUCUGUAUCAACACCAGCAGAGCUCAAAUAAAUCCUGAUGCAAUAUAUAUUUAGGAUAAUUUUAAAAUGGCUAAAUAUGACAUGACUAUAUUAUAGCUACAUUUCUGAGGCUCUUUUUGUAUUUUAUUAAUAUAGACUCUCAUUGAAUAAUUUAACUUGUAGCAGAUUUGACAUUGCUGCAUAGAAGGGGCAGGUGUUUGUUUUUUGUUUCUUGCGUUUCUCUGAGAUGUGAAACACAUGGCUAACAAACACAACUAUGGCCUCUGGUACCCUCUGCCCUGCUGGCCUGUUGAUGUCCCAGUAUCUCAGAACCAAUCACUUGCACCCUGUCAUCAACUAACAUAACCUCCUACUGUGUGAACCACUCUUAGUGGGCAUUGCUACUGGAUUCUUGACUAGAGGAAACUUACAGAACAGGUGUUAAACCUUUUCCAAUAUUUGGUAUUGCAAUCUUUACAGAAAUCAUUUUCUAGUUACAAAAAAAUUUAAUUCCAGAAUAUGGUGAUGCAGUUUAUGUUAAGAAAAAUAUUUUAACUUAUUAUGCCAUGAAUUUAUUAACAUUUAAUAUAAAAUAUUGUAACAUUUGCUGUUUUUAAAUGUUUGUUAUUUUUUCUUAAACUGAGAUUCAAAAUUACUUUGUUUUACAAAUGUUAAAUUGUUUAUAUUUAAGUAAUUAGCUAAAAUAUAGUUCUAUGUUUUGCAUAUUAAUUGAUUAAUAACAUAAUAAUUUUAUGUGGGAAUGUUUUCAGAAAGCCAAAUAAAGCCACAGAUAUUUUAGCUUCUUUCCCAGAAUAAACUUAUCAUGCAUUUGCUUACCUAAAAUUUAAGUUUCAAAUUAGUUCUCUACAUGAGACACUUAAUUGAGCAUAUAUAUCUAUAUUCAUUGAUCAAACUGAUAUGCUACGGGAGAAUGUAUGCAACAUGUAAAAAAUGCAAAUGGCUGUAUGCAAUGAAUAAAAAUCAUAUGCAAUUAUAG